GGUCUAUGGAAUGGGCUCUGGUUACAACUGCUGGUACCACUGUUGCAGACAAACCCUGACAUCAGCACUUUGCAAGACAUUUUGCUUGGAGAAAAGGGGCACACCUUUUAUUUGCAAUCUCAAAUUUCCUAACCAAUCAUUUUAACUUUGAACAUUAUUCUAAGUCCUCCCCCGGCUUCAAAAGUGCAACCUUGUGGCUACCUGUUGCGGCAGAAACUUCUGCAACACAAAAGCUGCGGAGGUAGUGCUGAAACCUUUGCAAGCUAUCGGAAACCUCCAUCCCUGCGGAUAAAAGGGUUAUCAACAGAACCAGAGGCGUUACAACUAUGUGCUAAACGAAAAGCACAUUGCAGUGCAGUGGAUGUAACUCCAGACAUCAAGUCCUCGACCUUCUGUGAAGCACAAUGAAAGACGACUUUGCUGAUGACGAGGAGGUCCAUUCCUUUGGCUACAAGAGGUUUGGAAUCCAAGAGGGUACAGAGUGCACCAAGUGUAAGAAUCACUGGGCGUUGAGAGCAGCUAUAGCCCUGCUCUACGUGCUGUGUGCCCUGCUCACCAUAGCGGUGGCCGUGCUCGGAUACAAAGUGGUGCAGAGGAUGGAUGACGUUACGCUACAAAACUCUGCAGAGCACCACAUCAACGAGAAAUCGGCAAACGCCACCAGUGCCAUCCAGACCUUCCAGUCCAACCUCCAGACCCUACAGAGCCAGCUGCACGACAUCGCCCAGCGGGCCGGCGCCAACCAGGCCCUGCUGGACGAGCUCCAGGAGACAGGCGAGGUCACGCAGAGGGGCCACGUGUCCCUGCAGGGCGACGUCGACGGCAACGCGGCGUCCCUGCUCCGGGUCAACCAGACGCUGACCUCCCACAGAGACACCAUCGAGGACCUGCAGAAGGACACGGCCAGGCUGCAGUCGGCGCUCCAGGGCCAGGCCAGGGACCAGGGCGAGGCGGCGGUGGGCGUCAACGCCCUGAACAUCACCCAGGCCCAGCAGCGCGGCCUGCUCAGCAACCUGCAGAAGACGGUGGAGGCCACGGGGCGGGCCGUGCAGAAGCUGAAGAACGACUACCAGGGCCUGCAGCAGACGGCCCGGCAGACGCAGGCCGACGCCGUCUUGCUGAAGGAGAAGGUCCAGAACCUCCACGUGGUGGCGGCCAACAACUCGGCGCAGGCCCGCUCCGACGGAGAGGCCUUGGAGGACAUGGGCUCCCAGCUGGGCUCGCUGGCGCUGCAGAUCCAGAACACGUCGUCGGUGACGGAGGGGCACGACCAGAGCCUCCGGGAGCUGAUGGACCGCCAGCGGGACCAUGACCACGACAAAUCGGCGCAGUUCGACCGCUUGGAGGUGCGGCUGGACCGGCAGGAGAGCGGCAUGAACCGCGUGAUCGGGAACGUGAGCUUCGCCUCGCAGCUCCUGGGCGCCAUCAGCACCGACCUCAAUGGCCUGCGGACCUGCGCGGAGACGGUGGCCCACCACGCGGAUCUGCUGCUGGCCCUGAACGGGAGCGUGAGCGAGGCCAAGGCGUACAGCGUGGGGCUGCGGACCCAGCAGGACGAGCUGGCCGGCCGGCUGGAUCGAGAGGUCAGCAACCUGACGAUGGUGAUGGCGGAAAUGAAGCUGGUGGACAGCCAGCACUCAAACCUCAUCACCAAUUUCACCAUCCUGCAAGGACCCCCAGGUCCGAAAGGCCCCAGAGGUGACAGGGGGCCCCAGGGCCCGGUGGGCACGUCGGGACAGAAGGGUGAGAGAGGGGACAAAGGCAUGACGGGCGGGCGGGGACCUGAAGGACAAAAGGGUUCUGCAGGACUAUCCGGGGUGCCGGGUUCUAAGGGAGCGACCGGGGACCGGGGCGUCCCCGGAGCCAAAGGGUCCCGGGGAUUGUCAGGUCGGCCAGGCCCUGCGGGGGAGAAGGGGGAGUCCGGCACUCCGGGGGCUAACGGCUGGGAAGGACAGAAGGGGACGGCGGGAUUACAAGGGCCUCAGGGGCCGCGAGGACCUCUCGGGGCUCCGGGGUCGGAGGGACCGCGCGGGCACCCUGGUCUGCCGGGGCCACCGGGGCGUCCGGCGGAUCCCCCUGUGCAACGCCAACCCCCGCCCCAUGUACCCCCACACACUCCCCAGCAGGACAAACCCCCUCCACCCUCCAAGCCAGUCCCAGUACCAGAGACCCCCAUGGUGUCCCCCCACGUGCAGCCCCCCGCUGGCCCCACCCCACUACCUGGCUGCCCUCUUGAAUGGAUUUCCUUUGAGGACAGCUGCUACUACUUCUCCUCUGGGGCUCAGAAGUUAAAUUUUACAGAAACCAAGAUAUUCUGUACCAACAUGUCAUCCUCUAUGGUCAUGAUCAAAAGCAACGAGGAGCAGGAAUGGAUAAAAAAGCAGAUUGCCAGAAAGGGCUUCUUCUGGCUGGGCUUGACAGACAUGGAGACGGAGAACGUGUGGAAGUGGGUCGAUGGGACCCUACCCGUUUUCACGAAGUGGAAACCUGGCCAGCCUGACAACUGGGAUCAGGGCUACUCAAAGGGAGAGGACUGCGCAGGGCUCAUCCAAGCGGCCUACUGGAACGACUUCUUCUGCAGGGAACGCAUCAGCUUCAUCUGUGAACAGCCUUCCAGCUGGGGGUUGCCUGUCUUAUAGCAUCGUUCUGUCUUUGGGAAAAGCUGAAGAGGAGGACAAGCAGGGAUGGUGAAGGACUGCAAGAGAUCUUUUCGAUUAUUAGAGGACGCUGAUAAAGUACCCGUCAGCCUGUUCCAGCGUCACGAGGACUGGGACAGGGCUGUAUGUCACUGUUUGGAAGACAAUUUGCUCUGUAAAGUCAAAGUGCAGAAAUCCACUUUUACUGAUACAAUAUUUGUACUAAAGAUUAAAUGAGAAUGUAGUCCUUUGAUUCUGUGGUGCUUAAUCAAAUACGGUGAAGCCACUGUUGUAUAGUUGAUUGUGUAAAUAAUACUUAACUAAAAGGUGCGGUGUCAUCAAUGGAAUAUCAUAUUUUAACUUGUUAAAGUUUUACUUGUUUACUUUAUUCUCUGUAUUUUGUUGAUUACACCUAUUUUGUUAAUAAAGCAUCACUAUUUUUGUAAUGGUUCAGAUAUAGUCCGCAUAUUGAUGUGUUCAAAAUAAACAAGAAUGAAAAAUA